AGCAAGCUCAAUCAGGAACAAGACGUCUCUUCCAUAACGAGGUCUGACGAUAUAAUUGCAUCAAUUAUUCCCAUCUUGGGAUAGCGAUUCUACGAUGUCCAUUUUUAAUAACGACCUACCUACUUUAUUUUCUCCAAGACACCUAGUUUAAGUUCUCCUAGUAGUAUUAGUGCUUCUCCCUACUUUGUUUACAUGGCAUAUACUAGUAAGAGAGAAUCGAACUUGUAACAGCUAAUGACAAUGCUACGAAGCACGCGGUCCUUCUUAACAAGCUCAUCCAGAGCAAUUGUUUCGUCAAAACCCCCAGUCUCCUUACCAUUAAAAUCGCAAACCCGGACGACAAUUACACCUACUAAGUCUUGUUCAAUAUACCCAAAAACACCCAUUUCCCGUAACAUUGCACCAAUACAAACAGCUCAGUAUGUCACUAAGACACCAAGUGGUUUCCAACAGGGAAGAGGUCCAGAAGAAGAGAAGAAGAUUGGCCAGCGCAAGCUUGAGUCGAAUCCAGAAGUAGUAACCACGGAGUCAAGUGUUCGUCAUUUAUAUGAGCCCGAUAGCCAAAGAGCACAGAAACCCAUUAGACAUGGCAUCAGGGACGAUUUGGAAACUGUCAAGGAUACUUUUGACCUUUCGAGUGUUCCAAAAGAGCCCUAUUUCCUUGGUCUUGCGGGCACCUUGCCGUAUCUCGCUACGUCUGUCUCUACCGUUUAUCUCUCAUGGGAUUUAAAUACUGUGUGGCCGACUACAUCUAAUUUCCUGAAUAAUAUCCUCAUCAGCCAUGAUACGGCUCGACAAUUGAUCAGUGUCAUCGAACCCAUACAACUAGGAUACGGCGCUAUCAUAAUUAGUUUCCUUGGUGCUGUUCAUUGGGGCAUGGAGUACACAGAAAAGAUACCCAACCGAGACCGCACGCGGUUCCGGUAUGGACUCGGUGUUCUGGCCCCUAUAAUAGCGUGGCCAACAUUGCUUAUGCCUAUGGAUUUUGCAUUGACAUCUCAGUUCGCGGCUUUUGUCAUGUUGUACUUUGCUGAUUCUCGAGCUACCGUUAGAGCUUGGGCACCCUCAUGGUAUGGAGCAUACCGGUUUGUAUUAACUGCCGUCGUAGGCACUGCCAUUUUUAUCAGUCUCAUCGGGCGGAUGAAAGUUGGCGAUGCAAAGCCAAGGCUAACAGGCCUGAAUGAGAAGCUACACGACCGAGGGGGCUCUGAGGAUUAUACCGAGAAAUGGGAGCACCUUGAGAAGAAGGAGAAAGAGAAAAUAGAAAAGGAAAAGGAGGCCGAAGAGAAGAAGAAAGAAGAGGAAAAGAAGAAGGCAAACGAGAAUGCGAAGAAAUCAAGCAGCGGGAAGGACGGGGGUAAAGGGGAAAAGAAGGAUGAAAAGAAGGACAGCAAGGCGGACGGAAAGGGGGGUGAAAAGGAGGAGGAUAAAGGUGAGGAGGAAACGAAGCAAGAUGACAAGAAGAAGGGUGAAAGCAAGCGAGCGUGAAGACAAGAUAUUUGUCGACACUAUUAUUGAUGGAUAUCAAAGCUGGAUGUUGAAUAAUACCUAGGUACCUACUGUACUUGUCUAACAGGUACGUACACUGGGCAAUUCCAUGCGAUUUUCCCCGCAUUAUGUAAGGUGGGAGGCGAGCAAGCGAACCUGCUACUUCACCAGCAUAGCUCAAAAAAUAAGUUUCUAGUUAAACCUAUCAAUUGGCUGUUAGAUAUACAUAAAAGAAUGUUCUUGACUUAGUUAGGUAUGUCUCCUUGUCUACAUACAUAGGCGGGAUUAUUGAAGCCUCAGGUGAAUUAGAGCCGCCGCUUACAUAGUGCUAUAAGGGUGUUAGAUAGUUGAAAAUAUCACUGCUGCUAUCAUAACUGUGGCAAAAGUCGACCUGAAACUAUCCUGACAACGCGGUUUUCCACAUGCCCAGAUCCUUAGCAC